GGACUGCCAGGACACGCAGCGCCCCUGCUCGGUGUCGCCCCGCCCCGCACGCUCGCGCGGGAGCGCGCCUCUGCCGGGCCGCGCCGGUGCACAGAGCGCGCGCCUCGGCGCGGGAGCGCGCCCCGGGGAGAACCCGAGCAAGAUGGAGGCCGCGCAGAGGUAGCCGCCUGGGCCGAGGCAGCCGCCGCUGGGAGCGCCGAGCCGCGGCACCUAGGCCGUGCCAGUCCCGGACCCGCUGCCCUGGACCGGACCCAGCUCCCGCCCGGCAGCCCGGCGUUCGGUCCCGGGCCGGCGGCCCCCGCCCGCCGCCGCCGCCGGCCCCGCCCCCGGGCACCAUGCUGCCCUCGCAGGAGGCCUCCAAGCUCUACCACGAGCACUACAUGCGGAACUCGCGGGCCAUCGGCGUGCUGUGGGCCAUCUUCACCAUCUGCUUCGCCAUCAUCAACGUGGUGGUCUUCAUUCAGCCCUACUGGGUGGGCGACAGCGUGAGCACCCCUAAGCCUGGCUACUUCGGGCUUUUCCACUACUGUGUGGGCAGCGGGCUGGCGGGCCGUGAGCUCACCUGCCGGGGCUCCUUCACCGACUUCAGCACCAUCCCGUCCAGCGCCUUCAAGGCGGCUGCCUUCUUCGUGCUGCUCUCCAUGGUGCUGAUCCUCGGCUGCAUUACCUGCUUCGCGCUUUUCUUCUUCUGCAACACCGCCACGGUCUACAAGAUCUGCGCCUGGAUGCAGCUUUUGGCAGCUCUGUGCCUUGUCCUGGGCUGCAUGAUCUUCCCUGACGGCUGGGACGCCGAGACAAUCCGGGACAUGUGCGGGGCCAAGACAGGGAAGUACUCCCUGGGGGACUGUUCAGUGCGCUGGGCGUACAUCCUGGCCAUCAUCGGCAUCCUCAAUGCCCUCAUUCUCUCCUUCCUCGCCUUCGUGCUGGGCAACCGGCAAACAGACCUGCUGCAGGAGGAGCUCAAGCCGGAGAACAAAGAUUUUGUGAGCUCUACAGUAAGCUCCGUGCUGCGGCCAGGGGGUGAUGUCUCUGGAUGGGGAGUCCUCCCCUGCCCCGUGGCUCACUCACAGGGACCCUGAAGGCCAGGACCACAGCCCAGGAAUUGGCCUGACCUCAGCUUGUCCUGUUUCCUGUCCUCUCACCUCCUCUAUUCAAGAUCUGAGGGAAGAUCCUGAUCUCAGACUGACAACUCACUACCCGCCUGCCACCUCCAGGCUUUGAAGAGAGGAUGGGGCUGGGGUGCAGCCUGGGGGAGGGGAGAGGCCCUCCAGCCCCUGGGAGGGCUUGAUUCUGGCUCCUCCCUCAAUUUGACCUAAGGGAGCCCAUAUCACCCAGGUCUCCUGGGCUUCUCUCCCUCUAGACUGGCCUAGAGGCCCUUGCAGAUCCCCAGGGGAGGGAGGAGUUCCAGCUCCCAGCCUCUCAGAGGGCUGCUGCCUGGCUGUACCCUUGCCUCCUCUGGUCCCUGCCUUCUGCAGAAAUUUAUUCUAGACACUGCCCCAGGAUGGGCCCGACUCUUUCCUACUUUUUUUUUUUUUUUUUUUUUGCCAAUGAUGGUUCCACCACUUCUGCCACAAAGCUCCAGGUGCCACCAGUCUCCACGGGGCCUGCUUUGCCCCUGUUCCAGCCUGUUUCCAGCUCUGCCAAAGGACUCUGAGAUGCACCGAGGGAGAAAGCAGGGGGCCUCCUGGGCAGCAGCAGACUGGGGCCCUGACUGGCCCAGAGUCUAAGGAAAGACUUUCAGGCUCUGGAGCAGCGGAGGGGGCGGCAGCUGGAGCUUGGAACUGCUCAGCCUGGGCCAGCCUGGCCUCCUCUCUGCUGGGACAUCUCUCCAAUGACUGGACCCUUGACCCUGGCCUGUUUUGUACAGCACAGACUUCUUGGCCCUGUUGUCAGGGUUGGGGGUGGGAAGGGGUUUCCAAAGGUGGGGAUUUAGGGGAUGCCUCACCCCUUCUGUCCCUUCUCAUGCCCCCCACACCCCGGGCAUCUGCCAAGGGCAGAGACUGUCUUGCCUCUUUGAUACUUUUCUGCAUAACUUGAACUUGCAGGUCACCUCUGAACAGGGUACCCCUGUCCCCACCUUUUCCUCCUCCUUGCCCACCUGUCGCCUUGCGAUAUGCCCAGGGUCUGCACCUGAUGGUCAGUGCUCCGAGCCGCAGCAUGAGUGUGUGCGUAUGUGUGUGAGCGUGUGUGCGCGUGCCAGUGUGUGUGUGUGUGUGAGCGUGUGUGCGCGUGCCAGUGUGUGUGUGCCGGGGGAGGGCAGGCGAGGUCUCCUCUCCCCGUCUCUUCCCACUGUGGGGGCAUCUCCCACCCCUUUGGCAGGGGGCAAGUCAGGGAGACUCCAGGUGUUUUUUGAACACCGCUCAUUUCCUUGUGGAUCUGGCCGCAGAGCCAUCUAGCCUUGGGAGUCCCCACCUGGGCCCCGACAACUCCUGUCGAUGCCUGGGUGAGGGGCGGCGGACCCGCUUCCUCUAGAGCGCCUGGUCCUCGCGGCCCUGCCCCGGGGUAAGCGCGUGGCGCCCCCUACAGGCUCUGCGGGGAAGCGCGCCGCUGGCGUCUUGCCCCUCCAGCCUGGGCCGCAAGGAGGGAAGCGGUUUGGGAGCCUGGCGUGCCCAGCUUGUGUUCAUUCCCAUAGGAUUCGGACCUGAGAGAAUUUCCAAGAGACACCCCAGAAAUCUUCUGCCCUUCUCCCCCAUCUGGACCCUCCCCGGUGUCAGACCCCAGCUCCCCGACUCACUCCUGGGCACGUCCUGCGCUCUGGCCCGCACCAAGCGCCCCUCCCCGGCCCGGCCCAGGUCUCACUCCCAGCCACCAACCCGGCGGAGGACGAGGGCAGCCUGGCAGGGGCAGGAGGGAGUUCCGCGGACACUCAGGCACCAGUGCUGGGGUGAGGAGGAGUGGAGGGCGGGGAGAAAAAAAAGGAGGGGUGAGAGGCAGGAGAAUAGAGACCAGGAGUGAUGGAGAGAGGUCAGAGAUGAGAAUGGGGGUGGGGGAGGCAGGACCGGACAGGGCAAGAGGCAGAUGGGAAGAUGGGUUGGGGGUACCCCUGGGAUGCAGGAAAAGGGAAAGAGACAGGAGCUGGGCACUCAGUGAGGGGACCACUUGUCUCCCAAGGACACCACCCGCGGAGGGGCCUUCCAGACACCUGUGCCUGAUGGGGAGGUUGGCACGGACCCCCUCAGAGGCCUUGCAAGAAAGAGGCUGGAGGCGCAGAGCAGUCAGCCAAGGCCCUGUCUUUUUGUGGAGAACUGUGGUGGGGCCACAGCAACAGGUGGAAGGGAGCACCAGGUGCAGAGAAGGAGGAGGCCGCUCUGGUAGGCGCAGUCUGAUGCCGUGUCCUGGCCACCAUCCACCCAGCCGGCUGGAGCAAGGGGCAUCCUGGAAAUCAAGGAGUUUGGGCCUAGGAAAUCAGAGUUGGGUGAGGGAGCCCCAGGGUGACACAGGCAGGGAUAGAGGUUGGAGUAAGACCAUACCAUGGCCCUGGCUCUGAGGGGUCCUCAUAGGCUGGAACAAAGUGGGUGGCAGAUGCUUCAGCCAGAGGCCCAGGUGAGGCCCUGAUGGCUCCCCUGGGGCAAUGAAGACAUCAUGGAACGGGGACUUUGUGGUUUGGCUUUCACUAGGCUUUAGCCUUCAGGAGGAGAAAAAAAGAGGAGGUUCCUGAUCUGUUGCUGACUUCAGGAAGGCUUUUUGGGUUCCAAGGUAGAGCCUUCCAGGUUUAGGUCCCCAAAAGAAGUCUUCCCCAGCUGUGACUGGAUGGGGCAGAUCUGGUUCUACCCACUUUUCUCUGCCCAGGUCUAGAGACUCAGGAGAGGCCAAAGCAGCUAUAACCUAGAGAUGGUUCAGUCUCUGGCUCACAGUGCUGGCCAGUAAAGUCUUCAGCCUAAGUCUUGGGGAUGUAAAAAUCUUCCCCUUUGGGGACAUGUACCUAUGGAGGAAAACUGCUUUUCUGAAGAGGUGAGGAUUGUGGGCAGGAUCAAGAUCCUUUUCAGGCCUAGAAUAGCCAAGAAGAUGGGAGCUUUUAGGCAACGCUGUUGUGCCUGGCCUUUUGAGAGUCCUGCUUGGGGAUGGGGGGAUCAUCCUUCUCCAGGUUCCAGUGUGAACUGAGGAAGGGAAACCCUCUCUUUGGAGAAGCUGGGAUCUUCCCAGCACAAGAAACUUCCACAGGCCCUUGUCUGGCUUGCAGCUAGCUUUGGGUGGGACUGGAGUUUCCCGAACAAGAAGCAAGGAAGCAUAGUCCUUUCCCAGAGCUCUGACCAGCAGACCCGAGGGCCUGUGAUGUGUGACGUUAGGAUAGCUUGGUGUUGUCCACACCCCAUUAGUAAGUUUUGUCUGAAUGUGUCCUUGGUGUUCAUUGUCCAACUUGGUAACAUUUAUUUUGGUCCUGACCCUUUCUGCUGCUGCUGAGUUUGAGCUUCAGUGCAGGUGGAAUGACAUUCAAAUAAAGAAACACUUUAUAUCACCCA